AUGUUGUCGCAAAGUCAACCAACCUAUGUCAAUGCUCUGUUGCACAGUAUGCGUGCACAGAUCUUGGCGUUAACCACGCAACUCGCCGAGCUACAGGCACAUCCCCCUGCAGCAACCCCCUUGUUGGAAAAGAAAUUCAACAAGAAAGUGGAAGUCGUCGCUGACCCCGGCGCCUUCGAUGGAGAAAGAGCGCAAUUUGCCGAAUGGUGGAUCAAACUCCAGAUUUGGGUCAAGGCAAAUUGGGAUGCAUUUGCCGAUGACUUUGAGGAAUGCUACACCGCGGGAGUGUGGCCUGUCUGGGAUGAUCUCAAAGUUGAGAUCAAAAAGUAUUUCAAACCACAAGCUGAGCGUGACUGGGAGCAUCAGCAGAUCCGUACCUUCAAGCAAGGAAACAUGAGGACGGAUGAUUUCGUAACCCGGGCCACAGAGCUCUACAAAAUACAUCAAGGUGGCGGGACCACCACCAAAAACAACUAUUCCCAGAGGAGCCCUGGGUCAUCAAACCAAAAACAAAAUCACUCUCACGGGUUCCAACCAUUUGGGUUGCAACCAGGGCGGGGAGCUCCUAUGGAUAUCAGUGCGGUCCAGGGCGGACAGACACACAGAUUCACUUGCUACAACUGUGGCGAGGAGGGGCACAUAGCCCAAAAGUGUCCAAACGGAGCGCAGGCAGCUCAACAACAAAAUAACCAAGGGCGCCAGGCGCGCCAAUUAGAAGCUGAGAAGCCGGACAAUCGGCUCAAUACUCUGGCUGGUUGUUCUUAUGACGAGAUCCGGGCCUUUUUCUAUGACCAGCAGGUCAACGAGACAAAGGCUCAGGGAAAAGAGUUCGGAGCUUAG